UUAAGCAACAAAAGCCAAGCUCUCCUUCAAUAUAAUCCAGUUCACAAUAAGGUCCCUGCACUUGUUCACAAUGGAAAGCCAAUUACAGAGUCAUCCACCAUCUUGGAAUAUAUUGAUGAAACAUGGAAACAAGCUCCUCGCCUCUUGCCUGAUGAUCCUUAUCAAAGAGCUAAAGUUCGCUUCUGGGCUAGUUUUAUCCAACAACAGAUCUUGAGACUGCAGUUGUUUGCGGGAGUCAGUCAGGUGAUCACAAGGGGCGGGGAAGCACAAGAGGAGGCAAUCGGUGAGCUUCUUGAGAAAAUGAACAUACUUGAAGAGGAAAUGAAGAAACUUUUGCCCAAUGGAGUCUCAGUUAUUGAAGUCCAGAAUCUAGGGCUCCUGGACAUUCUGGUGGGAGCAGUAUUGAGCCCCCACAAAGCUCAAGAGGAAGUCGCUGGUGUCCAAAUUCUAGACCCAGAAAAAAACCCACUGAUACUUUCUUGGGUCACUGCCUGGAACCAGUUAACUACAGUUCAGGAGUUGCUGCCUCCUCAUGACAAGAUUGUAGGCCUGCUUCAAUCUGUGAACAAAACUGCUCUUGGAUCUUCUGGUUAGCUAGGUCAUGAGGGCGUUCCUCCAUAGCUUGCCUAUAUCAUGUGAUUGAAUAAAUGACGGUGCAUUGAGAACUAGUUUUCUGCCCGUAACUAUCUAGCUUUACUUGAAACAAGGCUCCUGGGACUAAAUAAACUAGUCUUUCCUUAUUCUUUCAUCGGAGCAGUACAAGAAAU